AGCCUGUGUGGCGCAUGCGCACUGCCUCCCUUCAGCUCAUACGCGUGUUUAAGACUCACACUUUGGAAAAACUCUGUUUUGAAGAAAGAUAUUGUAAAACUAUAAGCUAUAUUUCUAUCACAAUGGGAGGACAAGCAAAGGGCAAAAAGAAAAGCAAGCCGAAGAGGAAAGACAAUCACCAAAACACAGAUGCAGGGUUUGUUGGAUUGUCACCUCAAGAAAGGAUGAAACUAAGAGUACAUGAAAAAGCCAAGAAGAAGACAGCUGAGAAGUACACUGUGCAACAGCUAAUAGAAAAGACAGAGGAAUACAUGGACAGUUUUGACUUUGAGAUGGCUGGCCUUUUCUGUCAACGGGCUCUGGAUGUGGAGUCCACCAACCUGCAAGCUCUAGACAUGCAGGGACACAUCUGCUCUGAACUAGGAGACACACAGAAAGCUAAGCAAGCUUUUCUGCAUGCCGUGGAGCUGAGCCCAGAUGUUGGCCACAGUAAGUACAUGUACCUGGGGCAAAUCCACACAGGCCAGGAGGCAGUGAACUACUACACCAAAGGAAUACAAGUCCUGCUGUCUACAUUGGAAAAACAAGCUCAGACAACAGCUCAGGCCGGAGCUGCUGCCCCCCCAGAUGAGGACACCGAGCUCCCCACAGCGAAGGAUGUUUGUGUAGCCUACUGCUCCAUGGCUGAGAUUUACCUAACAGACCUCUGCAUGGAAGAAGGAGCUGCAGACAAGUGCAGGGAGUUCAUUGAGCGUGCAUUACAGUAUCACCAUGACAACCCGGAGGCUCUACAGCUCAUGGCAAGUUACCUGUUCAGUACAGAGAGAAACCAGGAAGGCAAAGAAUACCUGUUGAAAAGUGUUGUAUUGUGGCUGCCUACCCAGAAACAAAUUGCAACUUCUUCCAGCACAGAGGAAGACAUGCAGAAUGAGAUCCCGCCAUACGAGUCUCGCGUCACCACAGCUAAACUGCUCAUCGAGUCCGAGGAAUACGAGAUGGCGGUGGAUGUGUUGGAGGGUCUUCUGGAGGAGGAUGAUGAAGUAGUCCAGGUGUGGUAUCUCUCCGGCUGGGUGUGCUACCUCCAGUUGGAAAAAGCAAAGGAGCAGCAAGAAAGAGAGGGGAGAGAAGUGACAGAGGAAGAGACAGAGGAGUGGAAGGCAUUGAAGGAGGCAGCAAGAUCGUACCUGACCAACGCUAAGAAGCUGUACAGUAAGUUGCGAUGUGAUGACCAGCCGAUGUUUGAGCAUGUGGAGCAGCUGCUAGGCGAUCUGGGAGGAGAGCUGGAGGGAGAGGAGGGAGACCCGGUCUUUGAUGAAGACUAUGAACCCUGUAGUGAUGAGGAGGAGGAGGACGGUGCAGAGGCCCCCAUGGAACACUGACAACAGCUCCUCAGUCGUACUCUGUGAUUUCCCUUCUCGCCAUCAAGCUUCCCUCUAGUUAAAAUGUUCUAGUGCACUCUCUCAAGUGCCUUUUGUACUGACUGUCCUUUCACACCAGUUUAUCAAAGAUGAAAUUUGAAAUCAAGUGGGAUGCACAAAAGAGCGGUAUUAAAAGCAGCAGUCUACUCAAUCCCUUUUAGUGAGUUGUUUAAUGCUUUUGGUGAAAUAAGUGCAUACUUGAGUAAUGCUUCCCUUAAUCUCCAUGACAGAUGUUGAUGAAAAAAAUUUGUUUCAGAGCUUAACUUCUUACCAGCAGCAAAAGCAAAACACCUUUGAAUGCUUUUACCUGUCAUACACUCCCACACAUUGGUCUCUACAAGCAACCAUACAUGGCAAAGCUACACAUUGUCCUCAAAACAACAGCAGCAGUGUUUCCCUCUCAGACUGCAUCUCAACAGGAAGUGAGCCUUAUUAGAAAACUGAGUCUGCCAACAGUCAACGCUAUCUUAACAUGUAGCGGUUCUUAUAUUCCAAGUUCAUGUGCAAUUUUUGAAUUUUUAUGCAAUUCAUUGUACACUUCUUUUUUUUCCCCCAUUCUUUUUGGGUUAAAUCAUUGGAUUCAACAAGGCAAGAAACAAUAGAGAGAACUUGACAUUAACUUAUGCAGCAUGCGUUUUUCUGUCUUCAAGACUGUUCAGAGGGGCUGGUACAACGCCUCUCAGAAAGGAGAAACAGGCAACUCUGACUUCUUUAUUUUUUUUCAACUAGAUUUUCCAUCGCAGCCUUUUAAAAUUCUCAGGCAAGGCUACUAACUGCAUCGGUUAGUUUAAUGGAAUGGCACAAUGACCGAUGCUUUUCACUUGCUUUUACAUUUUUUUUUUUACAAUUGAAUUCAGCAAGGUGAAUAGCAAGAACUAAGUGGUAGAACAGUGUACAGGGAGCUAUUUUCGUUCUGUAAAAAAGUAAGGAUUAUGUCCUUUGAAAAACUAAAAGCAAAAAAACUCAAAAUGUAGAGCAUUCACAGCAUAACAAACUAUUGGUCCAUUCAAAAGAUGUCAGAGGGAAAAUUUCGGAAACCUACAUUGUGACAAUAGUGGAGACACUCUUCCACACGACAACACCUAAUAUCUCUGAACCUUUCAAAUAUACACUCAACAUUGGGAAUGACUGGCCGAAUUGAAUCAUUAUCAUUUAAUUAAGAUUUUUAAACAUAAUACAUUAGGUUUGUACAUUAGUUUUUUUGCACAUUGCAAAAUAUUUUGGUACACAACAGUUUUGACUUUUCUAAAGCCCUGAUAUAUUUAAGGUGAAACUCAAGCAGCAUGCCUGUUAAAAAAGACACCACAGGCAUCCACUGCUGCGCGGCCCCUUUGAAGAAUUUUAUAACCAGUAAAUGGGAACAUUAUCUAAGAUCCUGGUCCUGAUAGGGACCCAGCCGCAAGCUGGGAAACCUGUUUGGGAACACGGGUUCAGAUACCAUGAUCUGAUUGUACGCGUUUGUGUUUAAGGAGUGUAAAAAUAAAGCUCUGGAGAAAAAACAGAUACGACAAUGUCUGUGUGUGCGUGUGUAUAUGCUGCAGAUAUUGAUAGCUUAAUGUGAUAUGAUGUGUUGUUAUUUGUUGACCCAGCUUUGCUCAGAAAUAUUCAUGCCUGUGAUUUUUAAUGUAUGAUAAUGCACCAGGAGUACAGGCCUAGAGGACUGACUACCUGGAGCGCUGCUGUCAUCUAGCAUUUGGCUUUAUAAUUAAAAUGGGCUCAAGUGUGUAUGUGGGUUUCUACUUUUGUGUGUGUGUGUGUGUGUGUUACUGUGUGUCCAUGCGGCUCAUCUGCAGUGCUGUGUGAUUAAUGACUCCAGGGGUGAGCGAACAUCAGCGGUCAGCCCUCUCUGGUUAUUCUGAGCUGACCUAGUGUGAGUGGGCCAUAGUGGACACAAAGCCUCGGGUGAUCUCAAAAUCCUUGGCCAUUCUCUCACCUGUGCAUCAGCCUCGGCACCGCAGGACUGUUUUCACUUGCUGAGAGAGGAGAGUGCAGUUUCUACACAAGGACACACAUUCAAUCACAGGGAAAGGACGCUCACUGUUUACUCGCAUUCUUUCCCGCUCUACGCUGAAAAUCGCUUUCUGAAAGGCCAGAAUGGCUCUCUGAGAGGCCAGAAAUAAUCAGCCUUGUAUGAAUAUAUUUCUAGCCUGCAGAACUGCAGUGUUUGAUCUUUCAUGUUUUUUUUGUGUUUAAAAUG